GUUUGCAAAACGUUUCUCUCUCAAUCUACUAGGAAAAUGUUGGGAAGAAAGCGCCCGGCUCCUGCUCAACGAGGUAUAAUGGACUUCUUUGACCCCCCAAAAAGGUAACUAUCAAACUACAACGUGUGUUAUUUAAUACAUCUAAUAGUUGCCUUGGUUGCUGUGUUCAUUCUUUGCUCGUUGUAGUAUGAAAAUCGGUGAGCCACUUCACAGUUUUGUAGAUUGGACAAAACAACAUGAAAAUUCAACCAUCCAGUGAUUGAAUACUCUAUAAAAUUAAGCUUAAAUUUUUCAAAAUUUGAUAGCUCAAAUGAUGAGAACAACAAUGAGAACAAUGAUGAGAACCAAACAAGUGAGGAAUCGACUAGCACGGAAAGUAUGUUUAAUACAGUUGAAAGAAUUUAUCAUUUGAUUUUACAUUCGGUUUUCGCAAACCAUCGGCAGCGUUGUGCAAAAUAGUGUCAACAGUACUCUGAUUUUUGGAGGGCUUAUUGAUAUGAUUUACUGAAGAUGCCAAGUUGCAGAAUCUGUUUGUGAUGUUACAUAGCAAUUAAUUUUCUUUUACAUGAUAAGUAUUUUUAUAAGUAUUUUCCUUUUAGGUGAAAUAAUGAUAGAAGAAAAGCCCUGGCCCACUGAAGUUCUGGUAAAAAUUUUUAAGUGGUUUCCAAUGGAGGAAAGACUUCAGCAACUGGCACCAGUG